AUGGCCGGGCGCCCCGCUGCCUCCAGGCUGUGGCUCUCGGGGCUGUGCUUCCUCCUCCAACUCCUCACCGUCGUCCUCUUCGCUACAUUCGUGCGGUACAGCCCCGAGAGCAGCCCCCAGCUCUGCUCCCAGCAGCUGAACUGCAGCCGCAGGAAGGCGGACGCGGGUUUUCGGCACCCCCGUUUCCGGGAUGUCCAUCUCCGAGCUCUCCUCGGCUUUGGACUUGUUGUGGUCUUCCUCAGCCGUUAUGGCCCGGGGAGAGCGGCCAUCAGCAUCCUCAUCACGGCCUUUGCCAUCCAAUGGGCUGUCCUGGUCCAGGGCUUUGUCUAUUCCUUCCUGAACGGCAAAAUCUACGUGGGAGCGCAGAGCAUCAUCAGCGCCGACUUCUGCACUGCAGCCGUCCUCAUCGCCACCGGUGCCGUUCAGGGUAGGAUGAACCCCAUCCAGCUGCUGCUGCUGGCCCUGCUGGGGGUCCCUCUCUUCACUCUCAAUGAAUACAUCCUGCUCAGCAUCAUGGGGGUAAGUGACAGUGGAGGCUCCUUGACCGUCCACACCUUCGGGGCGUAUUUCGGCUUAGCAGUUUCACGGAUCUUGCACCAGCCCCGUGUGGAUGAGGAGAAAACACAACAGGACACGGGACACCAGUCCGAUGCCUUUGCUGUGGUUGGAACCAUCUACUUGUGGGUCUUCUGGCCCAGCUUCACCUCAGCCACCACGGCCACUGACAACGCCGAGCCCUGGGCCAUGCUCAACACCUACUUCUCGCUGGCAGCGAGCACCAUGGCCACCGUUGUGCUCUCAUCUGUGCUCUACGAGGAGGCCACGCUGCGGAUGGUUCAGCUCCAGGACGCUGCCCUGGCCAGCGCAGCUGUGAUGGGGAUGGCUGCAGAGAUGCUGGUCGCCCCCUUCGGGGCCCUUGGUGCGGGGUUUCUGGCCGGUUUGAUCUCCUCCCUUGGCUUCAGAUUCCUUACGCCCGUCCUGCGCUCCAGGCUGAAAACCCCAGACACAUCGGGGGUCCACAACGUCCAUGGGCUGCCGGGGAUGCUGGGCGCUUUUUUGGGGACACUGCUGACAGUGCUGGCCACUGCAGACGCUUAUGGUGGCAGGCUGGAGCUCGUCUUCCCGCUCGUGGCCCGGGGUGACCGGACGGCCACCGACCAGGCGCUGGUCCAGCUCUGCGCCCUGCCCCUCACCCUGCUGCUGGCCAUCAUCGGGGCCUGCCUCGUGGGACCAGCUGAUGCCGUGUGCCGCUUGAUAGAAAGCCAGCUAAUCAUCUUUCCCAACUUCGUUAAGAGCGUGAAUCCCAGCGACACCUGUAAAGCUCCUCGGCAGACGAGGCGGGUGCGCGCCGUUAAUAAUGGGCACCAUAUGGGAGAGGAGAGGAUGGGGAGAGGAGCAGGGGCCCGAGCGUCCCCGCACCGAACAAAGAGCAGUGCCCGCGUUGGGCCGCUCAAAAGACCGGCAAUGCCGUACCAUGGCCCCCCCAUUCAUCGCCAGCCCCGUAAUGAGUCGCUGGGCAUCAUCGGUGGGGGCACAGCAAUUAAAAUCGCUGGCACGGCGGCCGCGUGGGUGGCUUCGUUGUUCGGUGCCCGUUUCGGGCUACGCCAGGAGCAGGCAGCGCCUCAAAGCGGGCGAACAAUCGGCUCCUUCUUCACCGGCUUCAAGGCAGAAGAAAAUAAGAUAAAGAGGGAACAGAGGCCCCCAGCCUUAGCAGCAGCGAUGCCACACGAAGGGAACACAGCACCCAAGGUGGGCGCCAAGGUGGGCGCCAAG